AGCUUACGAUUGCUGGACGGCUCAAGAGCGAUCAGUAGCACUGGAAGCUUGGUGCUGAUCACUACCCACAAUAGUGCGAAUAGUUUCGGUGUUCGGUGUUCUUUUUUUUUGGAACGGAGGCGGAACCCUUUAAUGGGGUGAAGUGUUGACUUAUUAGCCAGAAUGCAUUACUGGUUUUGCCGUUACAAAUAGUUUAAAUGUGCGUGUGUUUGAAACCAGAUUGAAAGCAUAAGAGUGAUUCUUAUACACAGCUUAGUGAGAUGUUUCAUGUGAGAUAUCGGGGUACAGUGACACGAGAUGAUUCUGCGAUGUUCGUUGGCGUGCCUGCUAGUGCUUUUCCUCCUACCGGCGACGUAUGGUGGCCGGACGACGAUCCGGCAAACUCGUCACGUUGACGUUACCGACCAGCGGACACUGCUGGACAGUGCCGGGAUGCGGCCGAUGUUUCACUUUCUGCGCACGUGGAUGUUCAACAUCGUGGGACGGACGGGACAGCGCACGAGCGGGUCCUUUCUGCAGCAGCGCAUUCCACCCGAGGUGCCAUUUCCGUGCAACGUCACGCUGGGCCGUAGUGCCAAGGUGCCGACGAGUGUACAUAAGCUAAGGCCAGGAGACAUCAACGUCAUUGCAGCCAUGGGCGACUCGCUGACCGCUGCCACCGGUGCAGCCGCGUCCGGCUUCAUCGAUCUGUACCAGGAAAAUCGUGGCCUUGCGUGGAGCAUCGGUGGCCAGUGGAACUGGCGCAACGUCACUACCCUACCGAACAUACUGAAGGUGUUUAACCCGAAGCUCGUCGGCUACUCGCUCGGCGAUGCGUACCCGUUCCAUCGGGACUCCCAGUUCAACAUGGCCGAGAUUGGGGCCGUUUCGUACGACAUCCCGUACAUGGCGCGUGCGAUGGUGCAGCGCAUACGGCGGGACCCGCGCGUCGACUGGAAGCGCGACUGGAAGCUGGUCACGAUAGCGAUCGGUGGCAACGACAUCUGCUCGUUCGUGUGCACGAUGCGCUACCCGGAGCAGCUGCCGGCAAAGCACCGGUUGCGGCUCCAGCGCACGCUGCGCUAUCUGCGCGACAGCAUGCCCCGCACGUUCGUCAACCUGGUGUCGGUGCCGAGCGUGGCGAAGGUGGUGAUGCUGCAGCGCAAACCGUUCGCCUGCGAGUCACUGCACCACGGCGAGUGCUCCUGCUGGAUCGGGAAGCUGUACAAUCAGAGCGAAGCGUCGCGGGACCGCUGGGCAAGGAUACAGGACGAGUACAUCCGGGUGGAGAAGGAGGUUGCCGAGUCACGGGAGUUCCGGGGGCUGGACGAGUUUGCGGUCGUCUAUCAACCAUGGUCGCUGAACGUGACGAUGAAAAUGAAUGGGAAGGACAUUGAUUACUCGCUUCUCUCGUAUGAUUGUUUUCAUAUGAGCCAGAAAGGAAACGCCUUCGCCGGUACCGCGCUGUGGAACAACAUGCUCGAGCCCGUGGGGAAGAAAACUCCCAACUGGCGGCCCCUCUUGAAAAACUUCAAAUGCCCCACCAAAGAGUCGCCUUACCUAAUCACGUACGAUAACAGUGGCCACAGCUAGCGGCCACUACGGGGAAAGCAGGAUUCUACGCUAGAGAGCGCUGGAGAACCUAGCGAGGCGGAUGUGAAUAUGUGUUUCUGUCUGUGCCAGCGAGUCAAAUCGAAACGUUGUGAUGCUUAAUUUAUUUUCUUCUUUACGUGUAAAGCCCAAACCAAUCCUUGUGCGUACCGGAGGCAGCGUGCGUUUUUAGUGUUUAAAGUGUUAGUAGCGAAUGGCCUUAAAGUCCUUUCUUGCCAGAGGAUAGAACCAGUACGAUCUCUUCAGCAAUCGAUUUCAGUGCAGUUUAGUAGCGAAUUAUUAAUAAUUGUAGGAUCAGGUUCCAUGAAGCGAUCUUCAGUGCAAGAAGCACAGCACAAAUAAAUGGUGCAAUAAAAUCGAAACCAUGUCAGUAGUACACGGUGGAAGAAAACAAUAAAAAAACCAAAAUAAAAUGAAAACAAAUUGUUCAAUCAAACAGAUUCACACCAAGUACCCAUCUGCGCGGCGAUAAUUGUGAUAAGUGUGAUAUGGUGGCGUUGCUGCCUGCUUGCGUUGGCAAAUCAAGAUCUGUUGCAUAAUGAAGCUGAGCCACGGGUGACGCACGGUAUGAUUAUGAUGCACGGUGAAGGAUGCAUUUCAUGGAGAUUUGAGAAACAAAAAAACACACCGAAAGAAAGACAAAAAUGAACUCCUCUUCACUCAAUUACUUUGCAGCGUCGGCUUUUUCGAGGUUGUGUUGAGUGGAUUGUUUCGUUUGCAUUUGGGGUUUGCUGGUGAGGGGUUUUGGCUUCCAUCUUUCUUGCAGUGGUAUACACACUAUGAGCUGGGUUCGUUGAGGUUCAUUGGCGAAUUUCGGAUUCUGUUGGUUGAGCAAGCGCGUUCGGAGUGUUAACCGGAGUGUUGCACGCUUUAUUUGCACAUUGUCUCGACGAAGAUGUGUUGUCACACAGCACACAGCAGUUCGUGAAUGGCAU